AUGGCGUCUUCUUCAUUCAGAGAAUCUAUGAACUCACUCGGAUGGUCACGCCGUGACCCGGAUGUUCCGGUGAACACUGCUCAGCAAUCCGGCCUUCUAUCAUCCAUCAAAUCUUUAAAUCCAUUUGGCGACAGCGGCUAUGUCAGGCUUCCCACAACUGAAGGGCCUGGAGCACCUUUACCAGCUAGGACUCGGCGAGAAGAAGAGGAAGGAUGGUUUGCAUUGAGCAGAUGGGAUCGACUCCUGGUUUUCACAGGCUGUAAUCUUGGAGCACUUGCAUGCUUCGUUAUUUGCUUCGUUUUGUGGCCAGUGAUGAUGACUCGGCCAAGAAAGUUCGCGAUAUUAUGGUCGCUAGGCUCCCUUCUCUUUUUGUGUUCUUGGGGGGCAAUGCUAGGUCCCAUGAACUAUAUCAAGCAUCUGAUGUCAACGCCACGUCUGCCUUUCACAGGCGCAUACUUUGGAUCUAUCGGUCUUACUAUGUAUUUUAGUCUUGGACUUCACUCGACUAUUCUGACACUUAUAUCUGCUUUGGUACAAAUGGGCUGUUUGAUAUGGUACUUGGUCUCUUAUUUUCCAAUGGGAUCCAGUGGUUUGAGACUUGCUACAAGUUUCGGUGCCUCAAGAGCUGCCGCCUGGAUGACGGGAUAA